GCGCGUGUGCGUGUGUGUUUGUUGAUUUACAUUGCUUCUAUACAUAUGUAUAAAAGCUUUUAUAUACGUGUAACAGACGCAUACGAUGUAGACACGGAAAAUUCCACGUGAAAUUACCGUGUUAUCACUAUGAAUUUAUCAUGAAUUCACAGUGUUAUUACUGUGAAUUCACAGUGUGAUGACUGUGAAUUCACAGUGUGACGACUGUGAAUUCACAGUGUAAUUACUGUGGAUUCACAGUGUAAUUACUGUGAAUUCACGAUGUAAUUACUGUGAAAAAAAGUUGUGUAAUCACCGUGAAUUCGAUGAGUGAACAUCGAGAAUUCAUCGAGAAAACACUGUGAAAACACCGUGUACGAAUGGGACAAAUGCACGGUGAAAUCACAGUGAAACUCUCUCAAUUUACACAGUGCUUUCACAAGCACAGGGUUUUCACAGUGUUUCCACUGUGAUUCUAAUACCGCGAGGGACUGUUCAUUUGUAAAAUUAUAUGUAUUAAUGACCCUGUUAUUGGCCUUUUGGCUGUUGGGCAAUUCCAGAUACUGCUAUUAUUUCCUAAAGAGUUGGUUAAGUUCUGGAAAUGCACAAGUCAUUUAUCAUUUUGAAGAAUCUUUGUUUAACGAGGUGAAAAAAGAACAUUUCAAGUCACUGAGAGUUAUUUAUGAUGAAAUGAGUUUGCUUCACUAUGAAGCCGCUGAUGUUCAUGUCCCAUGGGUAAAUAUUAAAUCAAAAAUGUUAAGAUGGAGGCGACAAACAAGACCCCCCGUACCCAAUUCUAUAGAACAAUAUUUAAAUAUAAUUGAAAUGCCAGAAUGGAACUUUUUCACCAGUUACAACGCAAUGAACACAACAGUCACAACUAUUGAAGACAAUGACCAUUUUAAAUCAAUAAUUUACGCUGAUUUAGGAUUUUUACGAUCCUUAAAUAAUGUGACUGAACUUAUUUUUAUGGAUGCUACAUUUAAAGUGAUUCCAAGAAAACCUGCAUUUCGUCAAUUGUUCACGAUUUUAGGAUUUGUCCAAGAUUCUGUUAUACCGCUUUGUUGGGUUUUAAUGAAAAAAAAGAUACAUCAGCUUAUGAAUCAGUUCUUACGUACUUCUCCUUAAUUUUGGCACCUCAUUUGCGUCCAUUAACAAUCCCUGGCGGUUUCGGCGACACGGUGAAAGCACGGUCGAAUGACGGUUGUUUCACGGUCGUUUCACCGUAUAAAGUUCGUUCUUACCGAGCGAUCUGUCAGUCAGCAUCGGAUACCGUUGUUAACGAUAUCUACUAUAAAUUUAUUGAAUAUUUACGGUGCAUACGCAAGUGAAUCUACGACGUUAUGACCGACACUGUACGCUCAAUAUACUGUCCAAAUACGGUGAUUUUACGCUACUAUCACGGACAAUAAAAUAAAAAAAAAUAUUGCGGACAGUCUAGACCGAGACUCGAACCCGAUUCAUCUGGUCGCGCGCCCAAGACUCUACCAGCUAGGCUAUCUAAGACACUGCACGAAACAUUAGAUUCAGUCACAUCAUAAGGUGUCAAAACCAAGUCAUUUUUUUUUUUCAUUGCAUAGAUAAAAAUAGCUGAAAUUAAGUUAUAUUUUUUCCAUGACUUCAAAAUAAUAAUCGUAAUAAAUGAUUCAAAUUUUUGAUGAUUACGAAAUUCUUAAUUUCGAAAUCAUGGUGAAAUUAUUAACUGUAUAAAAAAAGAUCUGGAAAAGAAAUUGCUAAAAAUUGAAUUGUUAAAAAAAAAU